GUAUUAAUAUAAAGUAAGUGAAAGCGGAGGAGAAGGAGAAGAAGAGGAGGCCGCCAUGGAAGAGUUGACGGCGUUCGUGUCCAAGUCGUUCGAGUCGAAGAGCGGCGCGGCGAGCAGCAAGGAGGCCGUCACUUACCGGGAAGUUCUGGAGAGCGGCUUGGCGCGGGCACGCGAGCUGCACAGCCCCGAGCAGGGCGUGCACGACUUCGCCGAGGGCGCGCACUGCCCGCUGCACGUGUUCAAGGAGCACGUGCACGAGCUGGACAAGGACAAGCUCAAGGACUUUAGCGUCACGAGACCCACGGAAGGCAUCUACGAGUGCAGCAAGGACAAGAAGGAGGAGGUGAAGUCCGAGGACGAGGACGCUCAAAGCAAGCUGAAGCAGCGUCGAAGUCGCACCAACUUCACGCUGGAACAACUCAACGAGCUGGAGAGACUCUUCGACGAGACCCACUACCCUGACGCCUUCAUGCGGGAGGAGCUCAGCCAGCGCCUUGGUCUCUCGGAGGCCCGCGUCCAGGUGUGGUUUCAAAACAGAAGAGCAAAAUGUCGGAAACAAGAAAACCAGAUGCACAAAGGGGUCAUCCUGGGCAGCGGCAGCCACCUGGACGCCUGCAGGGUGGCGCCCUACGUCAACAUGGGGGCCCUCCGCAUGCCCUUCCAGCAGGUCCAAGCGCAGCUCCAGCUGGACGGCGUCGCCCACUCCCACCCGCACCUGCACCCGCACCUGGCCGCCCACGCCCCCUACCUGAUGUUCCCGCCCCCUCCCUUCGGACUACCAAUCGCCUCGCUGGCCGACUCGGCCUCGGCGGCGGCGGCGGUGGCGGCGGCGGCCAAGAGCAACAGCAAGAACUCCAGCAUCGCCGACCUGCGACUCAAGGCAGGACUUCUGCGGGGCCAGUGGCUCAGUCCACUCCAGGCACAGAUCACACAGACCCGGGGACCGUACAAACACAUGUGGAUGUCCGUCUGAGGGCCCGCCACGGGGGUUAGGGGGGACGGGAGGAGGGGAGGAGGGGGGGGGGGACACGCCUUUGACGCCCACCCCUCGUUGCCUCACUGUUGGCUGUAACAAACUUCAAGAAGCGGCCAUGUUUGUUUGCAAGCGUGCACGGAGGCCCUCCAGCUCGUCUCCUCCCGAGGACUUUGGCGGGACGGAAGCGACAACCUCCAUGACGACCCCCCCCCCCGUCACACCACCCCCCACACCCCCUUCUCAGACCUUCUCCCUUUUCCGUUGGCUAAAGAAGUGAAGACAGCCUUUGCACUUCAGGGUGUUUACAAGAAGCAAGAUGCUACUUUAUUAGUACAUUUUUUUUUUUUUUUUUUUAAAAAGGUACUAAUAAUAAAGCGGAGGGACAUUUGAUAUCAGCCAAAAAAAGAAGAAGAAGAAAAAAAAAGGAUAAAGGGUAUAACCGAUUUUGUUUCAGUAUUUGGGAAAAGAACCAUGAAGACGUCAGUCCAACUGAAAUGCAAAGUGUGCAGUUUAAGUGCAAUACUGUAAAUAGUCAGGCAAAAAAAGAAGAGAAGUUAACUUCAUUUUGUUCCGCUUUUCUUUGACGCCGUGUAUAUUUUGUUGGAUUCCGGACAAACAAACAGGGUGCCGUGUUUCAGGGGUGUCCAAAGUGUGACGUGUUUGCUAUGGGCAGAUCUUCUGAAGAUGCACUGAGUUCAUAUUACUAGCUUGCACUAAUUUGCUACGUCACUUAGAACAUGCCAUGUUUUGUUCCCGUAGCUUAGAGAGCUGCCGUCCACUGCGGUGGACGUCUGGGUUUUGCAUAACAGGGUUAUUUUUCCCGCCAAAUGUGCAACUCUGACAAAAUAAAUAAGCCAGAAACAAAUGUCCACUGCAGUAGACGUCUAGGUUUUGCACAACAGGGCUUUUUUCCCCAAAAUGUGCAACUCUGACAAAAGAAAUAAGCCGGAAACAAAUGUCCACUACAGUGGACGUCUGGGUUUUGCAUACUAGGGUAAUUUUUCCCGCCAAAUGUGCAACUCUGAUUAAAAAAAAUAGGCCGGAAACAAAUGUCCACUGCAGUGGACGUCUAGGUUUUGCAUAAUAGGGUAAUUUUUCCCGCCAAAUGUGCAACUCUGAUUAAAAAAAAUAGGCCGGAAACAAAUGUCCACUGCAGUGGACGUCUGGGUUUUGCAUAACAGGGCUUUUUUCCCCAAAAUGUGCAACUCUGACAAAAGAAAUAAGCCGGAAACAAAUGUCCACUACAGUGGACGUCUGGGUUUUGCAUACUAGGGUAAUUUUUCCCGCCAAAUGUGCAACUCUGACAAAAGAAAUAGGCCGGAAACAAAAGUCCACUGCAGUGGACGUCUAGGUUUUGCAUAACAGGGCUUUUUUCCCCCAAAAUGUGCAACUCUGACAAAAUAAAUAAGCCGGAAACAAAUGUCCACUGCAGUGGACGUCUAGGUUUUGCAUAACAAGGCUUUUUUCCCCCAAAAUGUGCAACUCUGACAAAAUAAAUAAGCCGGAAACAAAUGUCCACUGCAGUGGACGUCUGGGUUUUGCAUAAAAGGCCAAAUUUUUUCCCCCGAAAUGUGAAGGUUUGUCAAAAGAAAUAGACCAAAAACAAAUGUCCACUGCAAUGGACAUUUAUAGACAUGAAUAACAGUGUUAGUUUUCUCCCAAAACAGACCAAAACAAAUGUCCACUGCAAUGGACAUUUAUAGACAUGAAUAACAGGGUUAAUUUUCUCCCAAAAUAGACCAAAAUCAAAUGUCCACUGUAGUGGACAUUUGUGUUUUGCAUAGCAAGACUAUUUUCCCCCUUGAAUUCCAAAACACUGUUAAAAGAAAUAGACCCAAAACAAAUGUCCACUACAACGGACAUUUAUAGACAUGAAUAAGAGGGCUAUUUACCCCCCAAAUGUGUAACGUUGACAAAAGACACCAAAACAAAUGUCCACUGCAAUGGACAUUUAUAGACAUGAAUAACAGGGUUAGUUUUCUCCCAAAAUAGACCAAAAUCAAAUGUCCACUGCAGUGGACGUUCGUGUUUUGCAUAGCAAGACUAUUUCACCCCAGAAUUCUAAAACUCUGUUAGAAAGAAACCCCAAAACAAAUGUCCACUGCAAUGGACAUUUCUAGACAUAAAUAACAGGGCUACUUACCCCCCAAAACAGACCAAAACAAAUGUCCACUGCAGUGGACGUUUGUGUUUUGCAUAGCAAGACCACCCCCCCCCCCUGAAUUCUAAAACACUGUUAAAAGAAAUAGACCCAAAACAAAUGUCCACUGCAAUGGACAUUUAUAACAGGGUAAGUUGUCCGCCCAAAAUGUGUAAUUUAGACAAAACAGACCAAAAACAAAUGUCCACUGCAGUGGUCUUUUGGAUUUUGCACAACAAGGCUAUUUUUUCCCCCCUAAAUAUAAAACGCUGAAAAAAAAUAUAUAUACAAAUGUCCACUGCAAUGGACAUUUGUGGACAUGAAUAACGGGGUUAGUUUUCUCCCAAACUGUGUACGUUUGACAAAAUAGACCAAAACAAAUGUCCACUGCAAUGGACAUUUAUAGACAUGAAUAAGAGGGCUAUUUACCCCCCAAAAUGUGUAACUUUGACAAAAUACACCAAAACAAAUGUCUACUGCAGUGGACGUUUGUGUUUUCAUAGCAAGACCCCCCCUCCUGAAUUCUAAAACACUGUAAAAAGAAAUAGACCCAAAACAAAUGUCCACUACAAUGGACAUUUAUAACAGGGUUAGUUGUCCCCCCAAAAUGUGUAACUUUGACAAAACAGACCAAAAACAAAUGUCCACUGCAGUGGACUUUUGGAUUAUGCACAACAAGGCUAUUUUUCCCCCCGAAAUGCAAAACGCUGACAAAAAAAAAUAGACAAAUGUCCACUGCAAUGGACAUUUGUGGACAUGAAUAACGGGGUUAGUUUUCUCCCAAACUGUGUACGUUUGACAAAAUAGACCAAAACAAAUGUCCACUGCAAUGGACAUUUAUAGACAUGAAUAAGAGGGCUAUUUACCCCCCAAAAUGUGUAACUUUGACAAAAUACACCAAAACAAAUGUCCACUACAACGGACAUUUAUAGACAUGAAUAAGAGGGCUACUUACCCCCCCCCCCCAAAAUGUGUCAUUUUGACAAAAUACACCAAAACAAAUGUCUACUGCAGUGGACGUUUGUGUUUUGCAUAGCAAGACCACCCCCCCCCCCCCUCCUGAAUUCUAAAACACUGUUAAAAGAAAUAGACCCAAAACAAAUGUCCACUACAAUGGACAUUUAUAGACAUAAAUAAGAGGGCUAUUUACCCCCCAAAAUGUGUAACUUUGACAAAAGACAACAAAACAAAUGUCCACUGCAGUGGACGUUUGUGUUUUCAUAGCAAGACACCCCCCCCCCCCCCUUAAUUCUAAAACACUGUUAAUAGAAGUAGACCCAAAACAAAUGUCCACUACAAUGGACAUUUAUAGACAUGAACAAGAGGGCUAUUUGGACAGUAUAGCUCGGUUGGUAGAGCGGCCGUGCCAGCAACUUGAGGGUCCCAGGUUCGAUCCCCGCUUCUGCCAUCCUAGUCACUGCCGUUGUGUCCUUGGGCAAGACACUUUACCCACCUGCUCCCAGUGCCACCCACACUGCUUUAAAUGGAACUAUGUAAAGCGCUUUGAGUCACUUGAGAAAAAGCGCUAUAUAAAUAUAAUUCACUUCACUAUUUACCCCCCAAAAUGUGUAAGUUUGGCAAAAUAGAGCAAACAAUAAAUGUCCACUGCAGUGGACGCUAGCUCCCAUGUCAUACUUCAGUGGGACACCCCUGUUGUACAGGAAGUAUUGCAGCUUUCUGAAGAGAAUAUUCAAAGAGUCGUUCAUCCCAACUAAGCCAGCGAUUAGCUUUACCUGCAUGUUGUGUGUGACACUCAUCUCUCUUUUCUCACCCCCAUCAUCCACACCUUUGUUUUACCCCCAAACUGCUGUGUUGUUGUCCUCGUCCCUCUGGGAGGCCCACAAGCUCCGCCCACUUCCUGUUACUCACCCUCAUUAUUACCGUGUCUCCAUUUUUAAAUUAAACAUAUGCGUGUUUUAUUUAUUACUAUUUUGUCUGAAAGUUUAUGAAGUAUGAAAGUUUUUUUUUCUUUUUUUUUUUUUACAUUGUUUUGUAUGUUUUUGAAGUUUUGUUUUGUUUCCUAAAGUGGGAAAGGAAGGAAGGAAACAAAAACAAAGAAGAGAAAUGUAGCGUGUCCAAGUUUACAAAUGUUUCAGGGAUGGUUUGCAUUUUUACCGAAGUUCCGUGGAGUUUGUUGUAGCCACGCUUCUCAUUUCAAGCAUGCUUAAACAUCAACCAUCGUAACGCUUUGUUUUGCC